GCGAAACCAGGGACGAGUGGCGCAAUGACCGCCGCAAUGUCGACGGAAUUCGGAGUGUAAUCCACCCAACCAAAGAUGAUGAGCUGUCGAAACGAGAUGACGGCGCCGAAAAUCGGGAACAAUCGCCGCCUACGUGAACAAUAUUACUUGAAAAUUUGAUAGAAAUAUCUUUUCUUCUUGGAGUGAGAUCUUAUUGUUUAUAGGAAAGCAACUCUGUGCUCUUUUCAUAUAUGCUCUUCUGCAGAAAUUUGUAAAAAUGCCAACCAACAUCAAUUACCGUAAUGAUGUGUAUGAUCGGGCAAACGCUACCAAUAUCGGUUCCACAUCCUCAAAUACCACCACUGCAAGUAGCGGUGGCAAUAAUUACGAUAUACCCAGAUCAAUACGCUCAGCUCUGGGUUUCAGACGCAAUUUUCAAUUGGAUUUACACGCAGCAAAUCCUCGGUUUAAUGCUUUACGUUGUAAUGGUAUAUCCUGAAUGGGAAUACUGAACGCCUACGGUAGUUCUUGUCAACGUCAGCACACGAAUCUCAAAAUUAUUGGAAUUUAAACAACUAUCCUGCACCGACUAUGAGAGAUACGAGAAUAUUUAUGAGCAAAUACGCGACGAGCCAGUUUAUCGCAACACCAGCAGCACAGGCUCCUCUACGUUAUCUAACGGCGGUUCUGCCUUGACUGCUUCCAACUCGAAAGACACCGGCAACGUAAGGAAUAGUGCGUCGUCCUUUUAACAGUGGGGUGGGAUCAGCACGGUAUAGUGUAUUACGAGCCGCUAAAAUGAAUGAAAGUUUUACUGCUGACAUCUACCAAUGUCAAUUGAACAAAUUGAACGAAAUUUUGUUGCCAAAUAAGAAGCAACAGUGGUUAACGGAGACAAAGUUGCACGAUAGGUUCAGGUAUCAGUCAAGUAUUUAGGAAAAAUUUGUCUCAGGAUGAUUUGGCGGAGGAUGAAGGUUGCUUUU